GGCCCUAGGAAACAGGUGGAGGCGGAGUCCCACACGUCCUGCAGAAGUUGGUGGGCGCAUGCGCAGCGCGCGCUGUCCAGAGCUGAGGCCGGGCGGAGUAGAACUACCAGAUACUAUUGCCACAUGAGGUUGAACAUGGCAGAAGAAGAGGACUAUAUGUCUGAUUCUUUCAUUAAUGUCCAAGAAGAUAUCAGACCAGGAUUGCCCAUGCUGAGGCAAAUCCGAGAAGCCCGUCGAAAAGAAGAAAAGCAACAAGAAGCUAAUUUGAAAAAUAGGCAAAAGAGUUUAAAGGAAGAAGAACAAGAAAGACGUGACAUUGGGUUGAAGAAUGCACUAGGCUCAGAAAACAAAGGGUUUGCUUUGCUCCAAAAGAUGGGAUAUAAAAGUGGUCAGGCUCUUGGAAAGACUGGUGAUGGUAUUGUUGAACCAAUUCCUCUUAAUGUCAAAACAGGGAAAAGUGGCAUUGGUCAUGAAGCAUUAUUAAAACGGAAAGCAGAGGAAAAAUUAGAAAGUUACAGAAGAAAGAUUCACAUGAAAAAUCAAGCUGAAGCAAAAGCUGCAGAACAAUUUAGAAUGCGACUUAAAAAUAAGCAAGAUGAAAUGAAGCUAGAAGGAGACCUUAAAAGAAGCCAGAGAGCCUGUCAACAAUUGGAUACCCAGAAGAAUAUUCAGGUUCCCAGAGAGGCAUGGUACUGGUUGAGGCCAGAAGAGGAGACUGAAGAGGAAGAGGAAGAAAAAGAACAGGAUGAAGAUGAAUAUGAGAGUGAAGAUUUAACUGUACUAGAAAAAUUACAAAUACUGACUCAUUAUUUAAGAGAAGAACAUCUAUAUUGCAUCUGGUGUGGAACAGCCUAUGAAGAUAAAGAAGACUUGUCUUCAAAUUGCCCAGGACCAACUUCUGCAGAUCAUGACUAAGAUUAUCCCCAAUAAAGUGGAAACCGUUUAUACCAGCAAGAAAAAGGCCUUUAUUUAAUACUUUAUUCUUUUGUGCUUUAGAAGUUCUUUGUACUUUAGAAUAUAAUUGUUCACUGACUUGAAAAAAAUAAUGCAAUGCUUCUUCAGAACAUAAGCAUCAUACAUUUGGACAAUUACAAUUUAUGGCUGUAUUGUGAUGCUUAUGGCAUUUAAGGACACUGACAGGUAAUUCUCUUACUCCCCUCUUCACUUUGGAACAAACUGAGAACUAAGACACAAGAGUCAGAGGGAGACCAAAAUGUCAGCUUUAUCGGCAAUGAAACCAAAAUAGAGCUUAUGGUUGGCUUUUUCUCUAAUGAGACUCCCUAAUAUUUACUCCUUGAUAGGAGAAAACUGCAGUCCUCUUCUUUGUAGGGACAGAGUGCACUUUGUGUUCUUUGACUAGUUGGUUCCAAGAGUAGGGACCAACAUGCUUAGUUCUUUAUCCCAGUAUCACCUGUCAGAUAAGACACUUCUCUUGUGAGAAGGGAUGAACAAGGAAAAGUUUUCUUCCCCAAACCAGGAGGAGGAGGAGAAGGAGGAGGAGGAGGAGGAGACAGACAUCGCAGGCAGUGCUCCAUUAGCACUACUAAAUUCUGAUAAGUUUUGGAGACAGAGUAAUUUUGUUAUUUCUGGUUCAAUUGUGAGUUUUCAUGGCAGUGUAUAUGCAUUACAAGUGAUCUAUUGCAAGUGUUACCUAAAGAAACUUAAGAAUUGGCAAGAACCUUAAAUUUCAUGUGUUCUAAGUACACUGAAUUUGGAAACUCCUUGGCAACAUUUCCAGCAGGUAGUAAUCCAACCUGUACCUUUAUUCUUCCAGCUCUAGAGUACUCACUGCUUUAAACACCAUUCCAUUUCUAGAUAGACUGUAAAUUAUUUUUAAAGUUAAUUUUCUCUCUUAAAAUCUGCCUCCCUGUAAAUUAAUUGAAUAUAGAUAAGGACAUAUCAUGUGGCAUAGCUUUAGAGAGCUCCAUUGAGGACAGGCAUCAAAAUCAUAAACAUUUAAAAAAUCCAUAUGCUCAGGUUCUCCCUAGCAAUUUUGAUUCAACUAGUGUAGGAUAGUUCUUGGUAUCUAUUUAUUUUCAAGUCCCAAGACUUGAGAAGCCUGGUGCAGUGGAGCACACCUGAAUUCCCAGCAGCUUGGAAGGCUGAGGCGGGAGGAUCAUAAGUUCAAAGCCAGCCUCAGCAACUUAUCGAGGCUGUAAGCAACUCAGUGAGACCCUGUUUCUAAAUAAAUUUUUUUUAAAAAGUGCUGGGGGUGUGGCUCAGUCGUUAAGGGCACGAGUUCAAUCCCGGGUAAAAUCUGCACCACCCCCCAAAUUUUUUUAAAUGACAGUUUGUUUGUUUUUUUUUGAUUUGUUCUUUUUAGAUAUACAUGAAAGUAGAGUAUAUUUUGACAUAUUAUACAUACAUGGAGUAUAACUUCCCAUUCUUGAGGCUGUACAUGGUGUGGAGUUACACUGGUCAUGUAUUCAUAUGAACAUAGGAAAAUUACGUCCAAUUUAUCCAAGAAUGAGUUUGAUAAGUGCUGUAGCAUAUAGAGCACUAGCAUCACUAUUUUUUUUUUUAUAAUUGUGAUUGUAUCUGUGUGGUUUUACAGCUUACUUUUCAGUUGCACUUAGCAAGAGAUCAACUUCUUUGUUUUAUUAAAAACAGCAUACAUAAGAAAACAGCAGAAGGUAACUUACACUUGCAUAGGGGAAGAUAAUCAAUAGUACAACUUGUAUUAAUCUCUGAUAUUAUGUGACCUAAUUAAUUUGUUCUCAAAUUUAAUGUAAUUAACUUUAAAAAAAUGAUACAAGUUUUCAACUCCCCAACCCCACCCCCCAGAUUGUAAUGUAAUUGGCCACUAUGUCUUGGGCAACAUGACCCUUGAUUCUUAAGAUGCUGCAGAGUUUGAUAACCACUAAUCUAGUUAACUUUCAGAUCUCAGUUCUUCAACCAGAAAAAGUAAUAAUUUGUAUAAAUGUAUAGAUAUGAGACAUCAAUAUUUAAGUAUAUGGCUGGGUACUAUUUAAUAUUUACUUUUUUGUUUAAAUAACAAUAAAAUUGUACUAAUAGCUAAAACAAAGGAGUACAUCUUUCCCUUGGAAUUAUAAUCAAAAUAGUGUCCUGUCAUUUCAGCCAACAUUGUAACUCAGUGAGUCCCAAAGCCAUGUGGAUAGUUUCACAUGAAGUGAUGAUGAACAGGAGCUAACUUCCCUCUCUUUUACUGAUUAUGGGAACAACCUACUACCUGUCCAGGGCCUAGAAUAUUUUUAAUAUAUUCAUGAACAGUUAUGCUGAGAAUGUGAGAAUAACCUUGAUGGACCUGACAGAUCUAAAUGUAAACAUACCAGGAUUGUGGUCUACAUUUACAGGCUUAGGGCUAGAACUUCACUAGACUUACAGAGCAGGAGGUAUCCCUCCAUUCUUGUGCUCCUAAAUUUAAAAAUAAAGGCUUUAAUAUGAGUGAAACAUACCUUAAAGAUGGGCAUGGUGGCACAUGUUUAUAAUCCCAACUACUCAUGAGGCUGAGGAAAGAGGAUCAGGUGACUUAGCAAGAUGAUGUCUCAAAGAUAAAAUUUAGAAAGGUCUGAGACGUGGCUCAAUGGUUGGGCACUUACCUAGCAUGCUAGAGGCCCUGGGUUCAAUCCCAAAUAACACACACACACACACACACACACACACAUUAUUCAAAUAGGACUUUUGUGACCUCAUAACUAAAUAAUGAAAACUGAAGGAACAUUGAAAACAAUUUAAUUUGCUUUAGAACAUGUACAUGAAAUUUGAAACUUUAAAACAAAAUAACUUUUAACAUCAUUUUUAAUUUUUUUGUUACUUUUGUUUAUAUUAUGCAUUUGUUUUCAAGUCCUAUCUAGAGUUUUUUAGUGUCUGUCUUUUUAAAAUAUUUUUAGUUGUAGAUGAACACAAUACCUUUAUUUUAUUUAUUUUUACAUGGUGCUGAGGAUUGACCCAGUGUUUCACCAGUGCUAGGCAAGCACUCUACCACUGAGCUACAACCCCAGCCCUAGUGGCUUACUUUCUAGAUUAUAAAUCCCAAAAUAUCAGCUUCUGACUUUCAAAACAAAUACUUUAAUUGACCAAAAAGUAAACCUUACACGUUUACUUCAGGUGUCAUUUGCCAAGUAUUUAAGUGUUGAAAUCUGAAGGGGAACAUCAUUAUUAAAUAUUAGGCACAUUUUGUAGGAUCAAGCAUAUGAAACUUAAAUUCAUUCUACACCAAGCACUAGCAGAAUUCCUGCUUUCUGCAAGGCAUGGCAUCCACUGCCUUCGUGCAUACAACAAUGGGAGAGCCUGCCUUUGCUUUCCAAAAAUUCACAGUAUAACUAGGGAAAUGUGCAGGAAUUACUGACCUUGAAAGCAAAUUGGUAAGCACGAUGAGGUACUAAACAAAGGGAAUACUAGGGGGAAGAUGACUCUGAGUGGACAUGGUAGGACACCAGGGAAGUAACCCAAUUUAGGUUCUGAAAGAUCAGCAUAGCUUUCAUAUGCAAAGUUGUGAGGCAGGAGUUACUAUUAUAACCCUGCAUUCUACUCCCUGCAUUCAAAGAAAACAUGUCUAUAUAAAUCUUGCAUGCAGAUGUUUGUGGUACUAUUACUCAGCCAAGUGGGAAGAACUCAAGUGUCUAUUAACUGAUAAACAGGUAAAGAAAAUGUGACCUGUCCAUACAAUAGAAUAUUAUUUGGCAACAUGGAUGAAACUUGAAAACAAUACUAAUAUGAAGACGACCACAUGUCGAAUGACUCUUUUUAUAUGAAAUGUCUAGAUUGGGCAAAUUUCUAGAGAUAAAAUAGAUCUGUGGUCUACUAGAGUUGGGAGAAGAUAGUGAGUGACUGUCCAUGGGUAUAGGGUUUCUUUUGUGGGUAACAAAAAUUUUUAAAAAUUGAAUGUAGUGAUGGUUGUACAACUAAAUAUACUAAACACCACUGAACUGUAUAUUAAGUAGGUGAAUUAUGUAGAAUGUGAUACCUCAAUAAAACCCUUAUUUUAAAAUUUGUUCUAAUUAGUUAUACAUAACAGUAGAAUGCAUUCUGACACAUCAUACAUAAAUGGAAUACAACUUCUCAUUUUUCUGUGAUGUAGGAUCACACUGGUCAUGUAAUCAUAUAUGCACAGAGGGUAUUAAUGUCCAGUUGAAUCUACUAUUCUUCCUAUCCCCAUAUUCCUUCUCCUCCAUUCACUCCAAUUUACCUAAUCCAAAGUACCUCUACUCUUCC